AUGAGUUCCUGCAAGGAUUGCAUCAGCGGUGUACGCCACGAAGGUACUCCCGAGGGCAAGAUGGAGAAAAUUGGCGGCGUUGAAUGUUACGUCGCGACACCCACGGGCGACUACUCUAAGGACAAGGUCGUCCUGUACCUCACGGAUAUCUUCGGUAUUCGUCUGAACAACCCCAAGCUACUCGCCGAUGAUUUUGCGCGCAACGGCUUUAAAGUCGUCAUGCCGGACAUCCUGUUCGAAGAUCCCGUUGGCGAAAAUGACCUGAACAAUACCAGCUUUGACAUCGAGGGGUGGCUUGCGAGGCACACCCCCGAUACGUGGCUCCCCACGAUCGACGCGGUCGUCGCCGCGCUCAAGGCGCAGGGCGUGACCCGUUUCGGCAUCACAGGCUACUGCUUUGGCGCACCGCCUGCGUUCUACCUCGCGCUCAAGAACGAGAGCCACGCCACGGCCGUCGCGCACCCGUCGCACUUGAAAGCUCCUGAGGACCUUGAGAAAUACAAGGCCGAGUCGAAGAUACCCCUGCUGAUUGUUACCUGCGAAGUCGACCGGCAAUUUCCGCUGGAGGCCCAGGCCAUUGCCGAUGAGGUACUUGGCGGAGGAAAAUUCACACCUGGCUACGAGAGGGUGCAUUUCGACGGCUGCGUCCACGGCUUUGCCGUCCGUGGUGAUAUGAGCGACCCUAAGGUCAAGGCUGGUAAGGAAGGCGCAUUCAAGGCGACGGUUGAGUUCUUCCUGAAGUAUCUCUGA